CAAGAUGGAGGCAAGAUGGUGGCAAGAUGGAGGCAAGACGGAGGCAAGAUGGCAGCAAGAUGGAGGCAAGAUGGAGGCAAGAUGGCAGCAAGAUGGAGGCAAGAUGGUGGCAAGAUGGAGGCAAGAUGGAGGCAAGAUGGAGGCAAGAUGGAGACAAGAUGGUGGCAAGAUGGAGGCAACAUGGUGGCAAGAUGGAGGCAAGAUGGAGGCAAGAUGGUGGCAAGACGGAGGCAAGACAGAGGCAAGACGGAGGCAAGAUGGCGGCAAGAUGGAGGCAAGAUGGAGGCAAGAUGGCAGCAAGAUGGAGGCAAGAUGGUGGCAAGAUGGAGGCAAGACGGAGGCCAGAUGGAGGCAAGAUGGCAGCAAGACGGAGGCAAGACGGAGGCAAGACGGCAGCAAGAUGGAGGCAAGAUGGAGGCAAGAUGGUGGCAAGAUGGAGGCAAGAUGGAGGCAAGAUGGAGGCAAGAUGGUGGCAAGAUGGAGGCAAGAUGGUGGCAAGAUGGAGGCAAGAUGGCAGCAAGAUGGUGGCAAGAUGGAGGCAAGAUGGAGGCAAGAUGGAGGCAAGAUGGUGGCAAGACGUCUUCUUCACCAGCAUCUGGGCGCGUCGCAUUUCCUCAGUGGAUCACCAGCAGAUCACAGCGGAUCCCUGCUGACUCUUCUGCCUCUCCCAGGCUGGACCGAGCAGACGAUGGGUUAGAGCGACGCUCCGCAGGACAUCAGACACGUUUCCUCCCGCAGGAACAGAAACGGUCUGGUUUCUCCGCUCCGUGGGGCUCCGGCCCGCGGUUUGCUGCCAUGGCGAUGAGCAGGAAGCUGCUCAUGAUGGUCGUCCUGCUGGAGUUCACCAACGGCGUCGGGACGCCGCCGGCUCCUGGGUCCGUCUGCAUGGACUCGGUCAACAUGAGACACGUCCUGCGCUGGACGCAGCCCACAGCAUCAUGCAACUCCACCGUGCUUUACUCCGUUCAGUACCAGGGGGAGUUUGAGCUCCUGAUCAAGAACGGCAGCUGGAUAAACGCUCCUGAGUGCCAGAGGAUCCCCCUCACCAGCUGCGACCUGACCUCUGACCUGGGAUCUGACUCCGACUACAGCCUGCGGGUCAGGGCGCAGUGUGGCUCCAAGAUGUCCGCCUGGACCAGAUUUCUGUUCAACAGGAACAACAUCACGCCUCCAGUUCCUGAGCUCAGGGUGACGGCAGCGGGCGACGUUCUGCUGGUGUCCGUCAGGAAGUUUCCUCUCACCGCCGUUACCAUGGUGACGAUGUGGAGGAAAGACAAAGAGCAGCAGACCCAGACUUACUCCAUGCCAGCAGACCAGGAGGUGCUGCAGGUCGCCGCCCUGCAGGAGGGAACAGUGUACUGCGUCAAGGCGAAGGUUGUCCUGAAUCUGGACGUGCAGAGUGGAUUCACCGACAGCCACUGUGUUUCCAUCACAGGUCCUGGCGCUCCGGCGUGGAAGCAGCCCACCGCGGUGACGAUGACGGUCGUCGUCACGCUGGGCCUCCUGAUCGGUUUGUUCUGGUCGCUCGUCCACUGUCGCCCCGACUCCUGUCAGAAGUAUUUCCAGAAAGAGCCGCUGCCGCCGUCGCUGAACGGAAACUUCGCCGUCCGGAUUGCGAUUCCCCAGCAGAGGGAGGAGCUUUGUGAGGAAACGCCCCACCUGCUGAGAGGCGGAGCAACGUGACGCCAUCUCAGCGCCGCUCUACCUGCACGAUUAUACAAGCUGUCAGGGCUGCGUUGUGAUCGCCACGGAAACAGCCGUCACCCCGGGCGACCGGGGGUUUCCCGGGUCCGGCGUACCGAAGGAGGCCGACCUCGAGGUUCUACUGGUUUACCAGCAUGAGGGGGGAGGAGGUCAAAGGUCACAGCCACAGCAUGUUUGUGUUGUACAGACAGUCAAUGAAUGUUUUUAUAAGCUGUUCUCAGAAGGUUCAAGGCUCUGAAAAUACCAGAAAAAGAUCAUGUUAUAUUUAUAUAUAAAAAGUAAAACCGAAACUUUUCCCACCCUGAUAAAAAACGAGGAUUUGGUGAGUUACAGGUUUUUAUUUCUUUAUUUUCCACCAUAAAAGAUUUAUUUUAACCCAGUUUAUUCAAGAUUUGUGUCAACUUAAAGGUAGUUUUAUAUUAUAUUAUAUUAUAUUAUAUUAUAUUAUAUUAUAUUAUAUUAUAUUAUAUUAUAUUAUAUUAUCUCUCAGGUUUUACAUCAUAUGAACACUUUACCUGGUUUAGGUUCAAACUCAGAGAUCGUCUGGAAAAAGACAGAAACGUUUUGAUGAAGGAGAAUAUAAAAUGUUUUAUUGUCUUGUUGUUUCAACGUUCAGCUCUACUGCGUCUUUUUAUUUCAAAGAUUAUUGUUUUAUAUUAUAAAACUGGUUCUUGUUUAGUCAUAAAAAGAUUUAAAGAAUACUCAUGAAUCGUUUUCAGGGUUUUGUUCCCUGAUGCAGCUAGUUACCAUGGCAACAGUUACCAUUUCCUCCACACAGGAAGUGAUGUAAUGCCCCGUUGCCAUGACAGUCUUAAAGCUGGACGUCCAGGGAUGCUAUUUUUUUUUACCCCUCCAGGGGGUCUUUUAUGGGCUCUAGUGUCCCUUAUAUGCUGACAGGAAACGGGGAAUUCAUGCAGCAAAUAUCGUCGGGUCUGGGAGUCGAACCCGCGACGGCGGCGUCGAGGAUCAAGGCCUCCAAAUACGGGUCACUCUGCCACCACUGCACGCCUCGGAUGUUUUUCUUUUGUCUUUAUUUCAGUUCAUGUCCUUAUUUUUUCUAAAAUAAAUCUUUUUUUAGCCAACUUUCUGUCCAGAAUAAAAACAUUUUCUGAUUCCAUUUGAUCAACAGUUCAAUCAAAUUUAGACUUUAGAUUGAUGUGUUAAACAUUCAUGUUGGAAAGUUAAUCUUUCUUUUCUGCAUUAUUGUUCUGAGGGUGUGAAAGAUUUUCAUCAGUAAUGAUUCUGAAUGUUUGUUUUUCAUCCAGAUCUGAUUAAAGAAAUGUGGAACUUCCUGGAUAAAAAUCAUGUUUAAUGUUGGAACGCUGCUCUGUGAAAACUAAAAUAAUAAUUUGUUGAAGAUUGUUUAUCUUGAAGUCGUUUUCUGAUGUUUUUCUGGACUGAAUUUAAAAUAAAUGUUUUGUUUUGAUUUUCCUAAAACAGAAAUUUUCCUUCUUGUUUUUUUGUGGAUGUUGAAAUGUGUUUUUUAAAAUGAAGUAUAAUUUUGUCCAUAUGAACUCAAGAGCACUGAUCUAUGUCAGUGAAAAAAUGAAGAAUUUAAAUACUCUGCAUGAAUGAAAGAUGUUUGUUUUUUUAGUUUCCUGAUAUUUUGAUGAUUUAUGUCAAUGAUUAACUGUGUGUCAUGCUGCUGUAAAUCAGAAACUUCAUUGAAGUGUCGGCCAAUUGUUCCGACGGUUCUUCUGAAGGAACAGCAUUCCUCCGUUCACCACGCGUUGCUACAAAAGCUUUCAUUCUCAUGAGAACGAAAGAACCUAUGAACCAGUUUUAUAGGUUCAUAUUUAAACAUAUUAAACUGUUUUAGGAUUUUAUUAGCUGGAACUCGGUUUUUAUUAAUCCCAUCUGUACCUGAACGCAUCCUGAGAAUAAAAAAACUUUAAAA